AUGGCAGCAUACCUCCAAUCUGAGGAAGAAUUGGUGUCUCUGGGCGUCGGGGAAACAAUUUUGUGGGCUGUUUUAAAGGGUGAGGUAAACUAUGGCACAAUUACUUACAACCACCAUUAUUACUUACUUACACCACCGACACCACGACCACCACCUUCCACCACCACCUAUCACUUACACCACCACCUAUCAACUUACACCAACCACCUACCACUUACACCACUACCACUUACACCACCACUACUUACCACUACAACACCACUACCUACCACUUACACCACAACAUUUUACACCACUCUACUUGCCACCCUACACACACCAUACUACUUACACACCACAACUACCACUUAUGCCAUCACACCUCCACCACUAUACACCACCACUACCCUACCACUUACACACCACCACUACCUACCACUUACACCACCACUACCUACCACUUACAACACCACUACCUACCACUUACACCACCACUACCUACCACUUACACCACCACUACCUACUACCUACCUACCACUUACACCACCACUACCUACCACUUACACCACCACUACCUACCACUUACACACUUACACCACCACUUACACCACUACACCACCACUUACCACUUACACAACCACCUACCACUUACACAACCAACUACCACUUACACAACCACCUACCACUUACACAACCAACUACCACUUACACAACCAACUACCACUUACACCACCACCUACCACUUACACCACCACUACCUACCAGUUUCACCAUCUACCACUUGCACCACCUACUUUCAUACCCGCUUUAACGCCACGGCCAUUCUCGCCGCAGUCACCCUCGCCUCCGCCAUCGCUUCAGAGUAAUUAA